GGACUUUUUACUGUUUACUAUGGAGACCAAAGAAGACAAAAAAGAGCGAAGAGGCUAUUUUUACCGUCUGAGAAAGAAGAGAGCAGCAAAACAAAAUGCAGACACGGCAUCUGGUAACGCUUGUGGAACCAGUGCAUGCAGAAUUCAGACUGGGAAAGAUGAUGAAAACAAAGCCAUCUCAGCACAAACCAAUGGUUCCCAAGAAAAUGGCAAAAUUUCUAUGGAAAAGGAAGACAGCGUCACUGAUGGAGAGAGAAAAAAGAAAAAAAGUCAGCCAAAGGAUAUUAGGCGCACAGAUCUCAAGAGAUACUACAGUACUGAUAACAAUCAAACCAAAACCAAUGAGAAGAAAGAAAAGAAAAUGGUCUCUCAGAAACCCCAUGGUACAACAGAAUAUACGGCUGGAAGCCAAGACACCCUAAACAGCAUUGCCCUGAAGUUUAACAUCACUCCAAAUAAACUUGUGGAACUCAAUAAACUUUUCACGCACACUAUUGUUCCAGGCCAGGUUCUGUAUGUGCCAUAUAUUGAUCCUGUUUCCACUGCUGGAAAGCUGGCUUCUUCAAGUCCUGGUGCUCCUGUUUCACCCUCAUCAUCAGAUGCAGAGUAUGAUAAACUUCUGGAUGCUGACUUGGCAAGAAAGGCUUGCAGACCGAUCCAAAGAGUCCUGUCUUCCACAUCUGAGGAGGAUGAGCCAACUGUUGUCAAAUUUUUAAAAAUGAAUUGUCGAUAUUUCACAGAUGGCAAGGGCGUGGUUGGGGGGGUCAUGUUAGUCACUCCAAACAACAUCAUGUUUGAUCCUCACAAGUCGGACCCUCUGGUAAUUGAGAAUGGCUGCGAAGAGUAUGGACUCCUUUGUCCAAUGGAGGAGAUUAUUUCGAUUGCUUUGUACAACGAUAUCUCACACAUGAAGAUUAAAGAUGCUCUGCCAUCCGACAUACCAAAAGAUCUUUGUCCUCUGUACAGGCCUGGUAAAUGGGAAGAUCUCUCCUCUGAGAAGGACAUCAACCCUUUCAGCAAAUUUAAAUCCUUGAACAAGGAGAAGAGGCAACCAAAAGUAAACAACUUGGUCACCUUGAAUUCUAAACUGAUAAAGUCUCCAGACAAGGAGAAACCUACAGAUUUUGAACUUCUUAAACCUUUUGAAAAGUCUUCCUUGGUGUCACUAGACCCAUCAAAGGACUCCAUCAUUGCUGAUCCUUCAAAAGGGGUGCCUUUAGAGAAGUACACUAAACAAUGUUCUGGACAUAAGAUUAAUCUAGACAUAGCCAAAGAUAAUUCCCUUUUGGAAGAAGAUGGUUUUAUUGAACUGGAAGAGACUUUAUCUUGGACUGAUGGCAGAGGAGACAGUAGAGAUGUGGGACCAAUAGAGGUUUCCACUGAUGGUAAACUGACUGAGGAAAUGCAGGUACGAGCAACAAAUAAAGGCAGUUAUGAGCAAUCAGAUUUAGAUUUAUCAGGGACAAAACAUGAGGCUGUCCCUAAAGAGGCCAUUGAUUUAGAGUUGUGUGAGAAGCUAGAUAUAGUGCCUGAAAUAAACAAGGGCAGCAGUUCACCAACAAAUAAGGUAGAAACAACUAUGGAUGCCAACCAGGAGUUGAAUAAAGACAAGCUUAUUGAAUUUUACCUCAAUAAAAAUGAGUCACAACCUCCUGAUGAUUCAUGUAAUGCUAAAAUCAAGGAAGAGAUGAAUAAUAAACAAUUAGGCAUAGACCUCACACUUAGUUCUUCUCAUUCCCAAACCAAUGAAGAUUUUACAGGCAAAAGGGUAGGACCUGAUUCAUGUUCUGUUGAAAGAACAGAGCAAUUGCCAGAAGUUAGCUCAGCAGUGCCUGAAAAAAAGGAGCAUGAAGAAUCGAGAUCAUCUUCAUUGGCUUCUCAUCUAGAUGGAAAGUGUUGUCAAGAAAUUGAUCUGGAUAAUAAAUCUGAAAUCAGGCUGUGGCUGCUGCAGAGAAUCCAAGUGCCGAUUGAAGAUAUGCUUCCUUCAAAAGAGGAAAAAAGCAAGACCCCUCCAAUGUUCCUGUGCAUCAAAGUGGGCAAGCCUAUGAUGAAGUCAUUCGCUUCUCAAAGUGCCACUAUGGCCCAGCAAUAUGGUAAAAGAAGGAAGCAACCAGAGUACUGGUUUGCUGUUCCGCGAGAGCGGGUAGAUCAUCUGUAUACAUUUUUUGUUCAGUGGUCGCCAGAGGUAUAUGGCAAAGAUGCUAAGGAACAGGGUUUUGUGGUGGUGGAAAAGGAGGAGCUUGAUAUGAUAGACAACUUCUUCAGUGAGCCCUCAACAAAAAGCUGGGAGAUUAUCACUGUAGAAGAAGCAAAACGCCGAAAGAGCAUCUGCAGCUAUUGUGAAGAAGAUGGUGAUGAGGACGACGAUGAUUAUGACGAUGCUUUGCCUGUGUUAAAAAACCAGAGUGCACUCCUAGAAAAUAUGCAUGUAGAGCAGCUUACCCGGUGCCUGCCAGCAAGGGUUCAGGGAUAUCCUUGGAGGCUUGUGUACAGCACACAGGAACAUGGAACUAGUUUGAAAACUCUUUAUCGUAAAUCAGCGUCCCUUGAUAGUCCAGUCCUUCUUGUCGUCAAAGAUAUGGACAACCAGAUAUUUGGGGCUUACGCGACACAUCCUUUCAAGUUUAGUGACCACUAUUAUGGCACAGGAGAAACUUUCCUAUACACAUUUAACCCUCUUUUCAAGGUUUUUAAAUGGAGUGGAGAAAACACCUAUUUUAUCAAUGGAGAUGUAACCUCAUUAGAACUUGGAGGGGGAGAUGGCAGAUUUGGUUUAUGGCUAGAUGCUGAUUUGUACCAUGGUCGGAGCAACUGUUGUAGUACGUUCAAUAAUGACAUCUUAUCCGAAAAAGAAGACUUUGUUGUCCAGGAUGUAGAAGUGUGGACAUUUGAGUGAUGUACUUGCUGCCUUAAAAAGCCUAUGG